AUGCGAUCGGCUGCGGCCGCCCUGGCCGCGGCGGCGGCGCUGGCCCUUCUCCUGGACGCGGCACUCGCCCGGCACCAGCACCGCUCCGGGAACCCCGGCCACUCCGGGAAGCCGUCCGGUGACAUCUCCCUCUGGAUUAACCAGCAACAAAUCAAGAUGUUUAGCGGGCUGGCAAUGGAAAUAUACGCGAUUGCGGAAGGCCGAGUGCUCGCUUAUAUUUUGGAUCCGGAUUUUGAGAGUAAACUGCCGAUGAUUCCGAGCGAGGUGUCGCACGUGAACUUUACGUGGAAGUCAGGAGUAAAAAAGUACUAUUACAACUUUUUUCGUUUAAAGUCGUUCGACGAGAGCAUCUUGAAAACUCCAUCCAUCACGAUUAAAAAGCAAGGACGGGUGCCUAAGAGACCGAAAGAGUUCAGCAUUCUUCUACCUUGCGCCGGCACUUCGGGCGUAGCGCAAUUCGGGAUCGGUCUGAUGAUCGAGACCCUCAAGGGGAAACCUCUAAACGGGACGCCCCUCCGUCUCAGUUUGAGAAAAGAAUGCACCGUGCGCGGUGAGUGCGUCAGUCGCGGCCACGAUCACCACCUCUUCACUCGCACAUACAAGCCUAAUCCUGGCCCAUGCCCAGAUGGUUAUUUAGGGCCUCAUUGUAAAAAAGCGCUUUGUUAUCCGAAUUGUAUGAAUGGCGGUAACUGCACGGCGCCAGGCGUGUGCUCGUGCCCGCCGGGAUAUCAAGGCCCUUACUGCGAAGGAGGUAUCUGCGCGGAUAAAUGUUUGAACGGAGGGAAAUGUGUUCAGAAGGAUGUAUGCGAGUGUCCAAAGGGCUACUUUGGCUUGCGCUGCGAAUUCUCCAAAUGCGUUAUUCCUUGUCUCAAUGGAGGCAAAUGCAAGGGCACUAACAUCUGCAGAUGUUCGAACGAAUACAAAGGCAAUCACUGCGAAAUCGCAAUCGCACGCACGUCGCAACGUUCAGCAUGUAACAAGCCGUGUAAACAUGGAACCUGUCAACCGGGCGACAAGUGCCAAUGCGAUAUUGGCUGGCACGGAAAGUAUUGCAGCAAAAACAAGCCGUGGGCUUAGAGGCUAAUAAAGUAUCUUCAAUUAUUAUUCGUCACCAACUGAAUUCCUUAGAAAAAUGAUAUCGUUCUAAAAUCACCAAGCGGAAUUGCGACAGAUUGUGUUUCGUAAUAUAUGUAUUCCGAAAUUGUAACGGAGGAACGAAGAUCUAUGCGUUCGUAGAGAAAGAAUCUCGCGGUAUUAAAAUGGUUCAAAGAAUUUCUUGGUUUUUAUCUGGCGCGGCUUUCACAAGGAUUUACAAGAUCCAAAUCUCGAUUGAUAAUCAGUGUGAUGUAAAAUCCGUAGUUUCUUAAUUUACUCUGUCCCAGAUGUGAUAUGUAAAGAGCUGCUUUAUGCCAUUUUACAACAUUUAUUAUAUUUAGUUAAUGAUACUUUUGUACUGUGUAGAUGUAACAAUUGUAAAAAACAAAAUAGGAACAAAAUAUGUACUUCCUGUAAUGGUUUUAGAAAGCAUGACUAUGAAAUAAUUCAGCAUUGUAGUAGUGUGCCUGUGAUGUACUUCUCUCCCACUAUGCUAACUUUUUCUGUGUACAUCUUAGUAUAUAGAUAAAUAAAUGUGGUUUUAUUACAAAUUGUGAAAAGAG